GCUAUCCCGCACAUUCUUACCUCCAUGUAAAAUUAGUUGGAGAUCACUGAUUCACGUUCCUACCAUCGCAAUUUCGGCUACUCUACCCACCAGCUAUGGUCACCGUGAUCUGCUCUGCGUACAUGCAGGGAUGAAUUUGAGACAACUAUUUUUUUUGAUUCGUUCCGCAAUCUUCGACCACCCUGCUGACCGUCAUUCUACAGGCAAACAACAUAUUCUCCUUAUUGUUUUUGAGCGACGAAAAAGAGCACCAGCUCGAUCAACACAGCUCUUUGAGAUCGAGGUCGUCAACAGCCUUACCCUACUAACCGCCAAGCUCAUCACUCACCUCGUCAAUCUUGGCGAGAAGGACUACAUCCGCAAGAAGAACAAGUGGUUAGCCAAGAUCAAGGGCUGGAUUGACGCGCACAACUCUGGCGACCCCCUUAUCCCAUUCUCUGUAUCAUUGGAGGAGUGUCUUGCGCAGCUUCCAGAAGAUGAGCGUGCUGAGGCCCAAAAGGAACCAGGAGCGCAGAGUGCCCUCGGAAAAAUAACACAAGCGGGGUACUCCAGUCUUGACUUGAUCCGCUACUUUACCUGUGGACCUGAUGAGGUGCGUGCAUGGACGAUUCGCAAGGGCACAAAGGCACCUCAGGCGGCCGGUGUUAUUCACUCGGACUUUGAGAACAAGUUUGUUUGCGGUGAAAUCAUGACGUAUGAGGACCUCAAGGAGCACGGAAGCGAAGCUACUGUUAAGGCUGCUGGUAAACUGAGACAGCAAGACAAGCCUUAUGAGAUGGUGGACGGAAAUAUUGCUUACUGGAAAUCUGGUUAAUUGGACGGAUGGACAAGAAGUUGGGGCUGUUCUACGUUGCAUACAUAUGUGUGCUUGAUGAGGCAAGUAGGAUGAUCGCGUUAUUUGACAUUUGAUGUAUCGUAAAAGAUCCUGAUGCUCACAUUGGCGUCGCAUCGCUUCUCCUAGUCGAUAUUCCUGUCGUUGACGCAGAUGUGGCGCGGCAUUGAGAUGUAGUACCUCGUUCAAGUUUGUGGCAACAAAGUUUACAACUG